GCAAUAUAUCUGGGUGCACGGCCCUUUGUAUCCACUGACAGCUGCGCUUCCACCAAACAACGCCUGCUCUGAUUGUUUUGUUGCGGUUGUUUUGUGCAGUGGCAAACACAUAACAAAUCCCCUAAUCCUAACAUCCGAUUACCAGUAUGUCCUAUCUAUCAAAUUUCAACGCCGAAACCGGUAAAACGAUACUGGUGGAUAUACUGAAAACGGUGAACCAGUCGGAAAAUUCCAAGAAGCUCGCCGAAGCCAAAGCCAACUCGGGCAAAGAGAUGAUCAAGAUGAUGCAGAACGUUUUCCCACUGGUGAUGCAGAUUCAGAUCGAAGUCAUAAAGGAUUAUGGAUUCCCCGGGAGUCGCGAAGGGCUGGUACAGUUCGAGCAGAUCAUACGCGAGUUUGAACGCGAGGACGUGGAUAUCGCUCGAUUGCGUGCGCAAAUACGAUCAAUCUAUCUACCUCCGAUUAACAUCAACAGCACGAACGAUGUCUUGAUAUAGGAGAUUCCAGCGGAUACGGUGCAGGGCGAAACUGAUGCUGUGGAUGUCAGCAGAGUGCAUUUAAGACUGAAGAUUAGUUGUACCCGCAAAAAACAAAACGGCUUCUAAUGGAACAUGUAUAACUGCCAGUGUUAAUCAGAGAGAAAUUACAUCACGGUCUAAUUUACAGUAUGUCGAGAUCGGCCAUGAAGUAUUGAUAGUAAAAAGUAAUGUUAAUGUGUCGUGUCGUCUGUUUUCUUUUUAAUCGUCGUAACUAUAACCAAUAUACAGCUUCCUUAACGAUAAGUGAUUAUAUGUAAUUCGUACGCAUUAUAUAGCAAAUAAAAUGGGAAAAAAACAAA